GGUGGAGGGGGAAAGAAUAAGUACCGGUAAGCAGAAAAUGAGCUCCGCACAGAAGCUUAUAAAGUGGAACUGGGUGGCAUCUUCAGAAGAUCCUUUGACUGAGACCAGAUUGGUGAGGGCUGCUUGUCUGUUUCCUUAUCAGACAGGAUAGUAGUUAGAAUGCCAGAUGCGGAUGUGGGAAGCCUCCAUUCAAGUCUCCACCUAUUAUGCAAGCAGUUUUCUUCUUGACUUUUGGCUAGCCACUUUCUCUCUUACUGUAGCCUGUAGAGUGGUUGACGGGAAAGGCAGAGUAGAAAUAAAAAGGUAGAAUAAAUGGCGUAUGAGCAUCAGAAAGAGUGUUGGAUGAGCAGCUGGACAUAUUGAAAUAGUUUAUGCUUCUGCAGACAUUGGCCUAAAAGUAUUGGGGGGGGGGAUGUUUUAACAAGCCAGCUACACCUGCUGCUUGAUGUUUGUAGUGGGACUCAUCCUUUUCCUUUUAAUAGAACCACACAAGUGUAACAUUUGCAAGGAGUUAUUACUGUAAUUAUAUUGGGUGCAGGACAUACAAUUAGGUGAUGUGGAAUGAUGACUAUGAGAUGACCCCUCUAAAAAAGGCUGGCAUACCAGUUGACAGCUCUGAAUUUUGGCCUUGUUAGAGCCAUUUCAUUUUUAUCCUUGAGGUCUGAAAUGGACUUUAGAUCCAGGUCAGGGUUGGUAAGACAUGCAUCAGUUUCCUCCCAGGUAUUAGUUCCCAGGUUUUUCUCAGGUUCUCUUCUAGGCUCAGCACAGGCUAUGGGAAAUCAUGAAAUGAUGGGUGGGUAUGUCACCUGCUUAAGACAUGUGCAGGGAAAGCAGCACAGGCUAAUCCGCUGUUGCUAUUUUGACUGGUUUUUAAUUGGUGUGAUUUUAUCUUGAUAUUAUUUGACUACCUGUCAGAAAUUGAAGUGUUGUUACCUUUCACAUCUCUCAGGAUGAUAUAUAAUCUUACAAUAUACUGAAUCAGACCCAUGGAUCCACCUGACUCCAUACUGUCUGCACUGACUGGUAGUCAUGCUCCAUGAUUUCACACAGGGGUAUUCCUUGGUUUUUUGAGACUGGAUGUGAUGGCUGUUAAUGAAGGCAGAGGUGAAGGUCUUGCCCUUGAUUAUCUAUUUUCUGUAUGCAAAAAUUUAUCUGUACUGACAGAAGGCACACACUAAAUGCCUUAUUGAUUAAUAUUCAAGCCAUGAUCCUGUGAUUACCUUAAAUCAGUCAAAAAAUAAUUAAAAUUUUGUAAUUCCAGUCCUCAAUAACAGUUCAAUAUUGAUUCACCUGAAUGUUUUACUUCUGUUUCUUUUACCAAACAACAACAUGAUCACUUUCAGGAUGUUUUUACAUAUACUAUGUGUAUAUGUAACUACCUAGACUAUAUUUUAUAUAGAAAGUCAGGGCAGAAUGUCGGAAAUAAAUACAAGUAUGAGCUCUACCAAAAUGUUGCAGUGUACCCUUAGUGCUUGUUUGGUGUACAGUGCAACGUUCCUCUUCCAGGCAUUAAGUUUUGUUGCUCUAUUAUUUUUUUCCUUGUCUUUAUGCCUUCAGUAUUCUGAAGCUCCCAGGGUUGAUUGUUGUUAUUUAAAGUCUUUUUAAGUUGCAUGCUUGCAUACUUUUUUUAUUUUCUGGUGGCCCAGUUUUACCUAUAAAGCAAUUGGCACUUGACCAUCCAAGUUUGUUCUUUGAGAGUAUGAUGUGCAUUGAAUGACAUUUUGGUUGGCUGUAUUGAGAGAAAUGUUAAAUUAACAAAAAUAUUAAAUUAAAUUAACAGAUGCAACUUUCCCUAGCAUAUAAAGAUUCAGAAGUGUAAAAAACUUCAUCUAUGUCUAUCUGCAUACAGCUGUUAACAGCUCAGGAGCUCUCCUUGGAAGCAAAGGAAUGACCCUGCCUAUAAUGCACAUUCACACCCACACCCCAGUUUAGAAGAGGGCAUUAAGAUGAAUCCCUCCUCUGAAAGAGUACUAUGUGUGCCUCAUUUCAAACAGUCAAGGGCAGAUUUGAUGCUUUUCUCUUUUGGCCAUUGCCUCCAUUGUUAGGAGGCUGACCCAGAUCUUUUGUCUCCAAACUUGAGUGUGCUAUGGCUGCAGAAGUAAUGGAGGAAGUUAUGUAAGCUAAUACAUAAUACAGUGGUACCUCGGUUUAAGUACACAAUUGGUUCCGGAAGUCUGUACUUAACCUGAAGCGUACUUAACCUGGAGCGACUUUCCCAUUGAAAGUAAUGGGAAGUGGAUUAAUCCGUUCGAGACGGGUCCGUGGAGUACUCAACCUGAAGCGUACUUAACCCAAAGUAUGAGUGUAAUUGUUUCUGGAAGUCCGUACUUAACCUGAAGCGUACUUAACCUGAAGCGAACUUUCCCAUUGAAAGUAAUGGAAAGUGGAUUAAUCCAUUCCAGAUGGGUCCGCGGAGUACUUAAACUGAAAGUACUCAAACCGAAGCGUAUUUAAACCAAGGUAUGACUGUACAUAAUGCAAGACAAGGCCAGCUGCCCAGCAUUGCUGCUUUUUGCCCUCUGACACCUCUUGGAGCUGCUGAACCUCUGGAGCAGCCUGGCUAUCUGGCAGUGGGAUUUGGGAGCUCUUUCCAGAGCUAUGUGCCUGGUCCAAACACAAGUAGUACCUAGCACUAGCAGCAGAGACUUUAAGGGAACCCUGCAAUGCCAACUUAUUUUGAACAGCUGGUGCCAAUAAUAUGCGGUGUAGCGGUGCUAUCCUAAAGUUGUUGAUCAUAUAACUAUUUCUUAGAUAGAUAUUUCUUAAUCUGUCAUUACAUUAGCUGUUUAUUUCUCAUAUGUAGUUGACCCCUUUUUGCUCUCCAUUCUCUGCUCCUUUCACAAACCAACCAGCUGUUGGGUGGAGGGAGGGAGGGAGAUAAUAUUUAUUUUUAGUUGCCCACAGAACAACUUGGGUAUUUUUCACUUUGCAGAAUCAUAGGUUCUGUCUUCUGUGUGUUCUUCUUUCUUCUUGCUUAUGGUGACAGGAAUUCAGACUGCUGUGAGUGAAGAGCUCCUCCACCUGGGGCACAGAGGCAGUGUGGUAUUUAUCUCUUCUCCAUGCUUGUGUGGUCAUUGUGUGCAUCCCACUUGCCAAACUUCUUCAGGGAGUUUUGGGCAGCAAGAAGUGGUGAUGUGGCAUUUCUGUCUUCUCUGUCUUACUAUGCCAUCUCCCCAAGAUGCGUACUUACGUCGCUGUGCUUGGAAAGCUGUUUCUCUGUGCUUUUCUGUAAGAUCGGAGGCCAUUAUUUCCAUGUGCGAAUGAAUAAUGCUUUCUUAAAAUAUGAAACAACCCAGGCUUCACUCAGACAUACUCAUUUUUGUUAGGUAAAGAUGGGAAGGUACAGUAGCUGUGCUUGUCCAUUAAAAUAAUUCCAAAAUCAAAACAUUAGGAUAACAAUUUUUAUUAUGUCCCAACUAAAAAGUCACAAAGCGGUAAUCAUAUUUUUACAUUCUGCAGAGCUAGAUAUUUAGUAAAAGGAAAAAAGCUAUUUGGGGGAGGGCGGGGAGAGAGAAAAACAUUAUGUCCUAGGGCAUGUGGAAAAAGUUGUGAAGCCUGAAUUUUGUAACAGUUCAUUUGAAGUACAGUCUUACCUUGGAUCCCAAACGCCCUGGACGUUUUGGCUCUCAAACGCCGCAAACCUGGAAGUGCUUGUUCCAGUUUGCGAACGUUCUUUUGCAACCCAAAUGUCUGAUGGGGCUUCUGUGGCUUCUGAUUGGCUGCAGGAGCUUCCUGUAGCCAAUCAGAAGCUGCGAUUUGGUUUUCGAAAGUUUUGGAAGUCAAACGGACUUCCGGAAUGGAUUCUGUUUGACUUCCAAGUACGACCAUACAUGAAUGGCUAUGCAGACUUUGACUACCGGUACAGUCCUAACUAACUGCUUAUCUGGGAGUAAUCUCUAUUGUACUUAGUAGGGCUUACUUUUGAGUAGACACGCAUAGGGUUGCACAACAUUAGGUGACUACUAGGGGCAAAGCAGAUUUCAAAUUUCCCCGCGGGCUGUAAGGACAAAGAGAGGACAAUUCUCCAUUUGAGAAUAUAAAUUUGGACCCACCUUUUGGCAACUGCUGAGGGUAAAUAUCUAACAUGCAAGGUAAUUUUUCUUUGACUUCAGCAGCAUCACAGCAUUCUUUUCUUUGAGCAACAUGCUAAUGUUGGGCUUUGUUGGCUGUUGGCUCUGCCCAGAGUUUUGGUGGGAGAAAUAUCUCGUGGCCUGCGCACACCCACCAACAAUCCUUCCUGCAAUAGUGCUUGACGGGUGCAUUUCAUCUUGCAUCAGAAGAUCUUGCUUUGCAGUUUGUACUGUUCACGGCCCUUCAUGGUGUAGCACUCCGCUUCAUCACAUGCUAAUCUUCCCCUCAUCUCAUCCCUGCUGGCACCUGCUCUGCUUGAUAAUAAUUUCCUGCUUUGUGGCAGAGGGAAGAUUCUUCAGUGGGAAACGGCCCAGCUUGCCGGGGGCACGUCAGCUUCCCAUGGUACAGAAGUUGGUGGACUCUUUGGCCCAGCUACAAGAGGAAAAGUUGCAGCUGCAGCAAGAGUUGUUGUUGCUGCAGGAAAAGCUUUCUGCGCAAGAGAGCAGCCAACUCAGUCAGACUGUACAUCUGCAGAACCAGACAGAAAGUCUGAAGGACCAACUCCUGGAGCAAGCACAGGAAAUGAACAGGCUCCAUUCCGUGUUGGGUGGCACAGAUCUGGAGAAGCACCGGGACCUUUUGGUUGCAGAAAAUGUGCGUCUGAAACAAGAGAUGAAGAUGUGUGAGGCACAACUGCAGGAGCUCAAGAAGAAGCAUCCUGUGAAAUGCGUGAACUGCGAGCACAGCCAGGAGAAUGUGAAGUUGCAGGAAAAGCUGGCCCAACUAAAGCAAGAAGCAGAAGAGGUGAAAGGGCGCCUGUCAGAGCUGGACCUAGAAGUGGAGCAGAAAACCAAUCGCCUGGCUGAGGUGGAGCUCCGGCUGAAAGACUCCCUAGCAGAGAAGGCAGAGGAGGAGGAACGGCUCAGCCGCAGACUGAGGGAUAGCCAGGAGACAAUAGCCAGCCUCAAAGCCCAGCCUCAGCAGAUUAAGUAUGUAAUCAAGACCGUGGAAGUCGAGUCCUCAAAGACCAAGCAGGCCCUCUGUGAAGCCCAGUCCCGGAACCAGUACUUGCAAGACCAAGUUGGGAUGCAGAGACAGGUGCUGAAAGAGAUGGAACAGCAGCUGCAGAGCUCUCAGAAGGCAGCAGUGCAGCUCAAAGCUCAGGUUACGUUGUAUGAGUCUGAGUUGGAGCGGGCCCACGAGGAGAUGCUGGAGGAGAUGCAGAAUAUGGAGGAGGACAAGAAUCGAGCCAUUGAAGAAGCAUUUGCUCGAGCCCAGGUAGAAAUGAAAGCUGUCCACGAGAACCUGGCAGGAGUGAGGACAAAUCUCCUGACUCUCCAGCCAGCUCUUCGAACCCUUACAAAUGAUUACAAUAGCCUGAAGCGACAGGUCAGAGAAUUUCCUGUUCUCCUCCAAGAAGCCCUACAGAGUGCCAAGGCUGAGAUUGGCCAAGCCAUUGAAGAGGUGAACAGUACAAAUCAGGAGCUCCUGAGGAAAUACCGCAGAGAACUGCAGCUCCGGAAGAAAUGUCACAAUGAACUUGUGCGGUUGAAAGGCAAUAUCCGUGUGUUUGGCCGUGUUCGGCCAGUAUGUAAAGAGGAUGGCGAUGGGCCAGAAGCUGCCAGUGCGGUGACAUUUGACCCUGAUGAUGAUGCCAUCUUGCAUCUGAUGCACAGAGGGAAGCUGGUAUCAUUUGAACUUGACAAGGUUUUCCCUCCUGAAGCAACACAGGAAGAUGUCUUCCGGGAAGUUCAAGCCCUGAUCACAUCCUGCAUUGAUGGUUACAAUGUUUGCAUUUUCGCCUAUGGCCAGACAGGUGCUGGCAAGACAUACACAAUGGAGGGAACUCCCGAAAACCCAGGAAUCAACCAGCGGGCACUGCAGCUUCUCUUCUCAGAAGUGCAGGCAAAAGCUUCCGACUGGAACUACCAGAUCACUGUCAGUGUGGCUGAGAUCUACAACGAAGCCCUCAGAGACCUGCUUGGAAAGGAGCCCCAGGAGAAGUUGGAUAUCAAACUGUGCCCGGAUGGUAGUGGACAGCUCUAUGUGCCAGGCCUGACAGAGUUCCCUGUGCACUGUGUAGAAGACAUCAACCAGGUCUUUGAAUUUGGUCAUAUCAACCGAGUGACUGAAAGCACCUACUUGAACGAGCACAGCUCCCGAUCUCAUGCCCUCCUGAUUAUCACAGUGAGGGGAAUUGAUUACAGUACAGGGAUACGAACCACAGGGAAGCUGAAUUUGGUCGAUCUGGCAGGAUCUGAGCGUGUGGGGAGGUCUGGUGCAGAGGGGAGCAGGCUGCGUGAGGCCCAGUACAUCAACAAAUCGCUCUCAGCUUUAGGAGAUGUGAUCUAUGCCCUGCGUUCCCGCCAGGGCCAUGUGCCAUUCCGCAACUCCAAGCUGACCUACCUGCUUCAAGACUCUCUCAGUGGUGACAGCAAGACCCUCAUGAUGGUCCAGGUCUCUCCUGUGGAGAAGAAUACAAGUGAGACACUCUGUUCCCUCAAGUUUGCUGAGAGGGUUCGCUCUGUUGAACUGGGCUGUGGCUCUCGGAGGACAGAAUUGGGCUCCUGGACAAGUCAGGAGCACUUAGAGGCAGACUCAUCAUCAGUCACAGCACAGCCCUGCAUCCGAAGUCAGUCUUCUCCUCGGACUCGGCGAGCGAGUUCACUCCGGGCAAGACUCCAGACGUCAGCCUGGAAUUAAGAGAAGCUCUGUCUGCCUCCAGGGAAACUGAGGCCAAUCCCUGUGUGAUGCAGCUGAUUUGAGGAACAUGCUUUUUUAAAAGGAGUUUCAGAAACCAUGAAUACUUUUUAAAGAGACUACUCAUUUCCUGCCCACCUCAGAGGCUAAUGGACACUGAUUUAGGAGACACAAAGAAAGAGAAGCCACAGCAAAAAGGGUGGUGCCAUCUGCCAGCCCUUGAAUUGCGAAGGGUCUCUCCAUCAGACACACUGCCAUCCUGAGAGAAGGUGACAUGCCAGCCCCCUGUUGUACCUCAUCCGUUGCUGGCAAUGGAUGGACUUGGGCUUGGAUGCAACUGGACUUCAGGAGACAAUUCAUCUGCCUAUUUGACAUGAGGUGAAUUUUACUAUGUUUUUAAAGGGAGAAUGGAGGUCCUAGACCCAUUCCCAUCCUUUUGGCCCUCUGCAUUGAUUUUUUAAUUUAAUAAACUCUUUGCACCAA